AUGGGGCAGCAGAAGGCGUUGAUCUAUGCGUUCGUUGCCCGUGGGAACGUUAUACUGGCGGAGCACACCGACUUCAGCGGCAACUUCAACUCCAUAGCCUUUCAGUGCCUCCAGAAGCUUCCAGCCUCCAACAACAAGUUCACCUACAACUGCGAUGGCCACACCUUCAACUACCUCGUCGAUAACGGCUUCACUUAUUGUGUUGUUGCUGAAGAAUCCGCUGGAAGACAGGUCCCUAUGGCAUUUCUGGAGCGUAUUAAGGAUGAUUUUGUAGCAAAAUAUGGUGGUGGAAAGGCUGCAACUGCUCCUGCUAAUAGCCUUAACAAGGAAUUUGGGGCUAAAUUGAGGGAGCAUAUGCAAUAUUGUGUUGACCAUCCUGAGGAGAUAAGCAAAAUUGCAAAAGUUAAAGCACAAGUUUCUGAAGUCAAAGGUGUCAUGAUGGACAAUAUUGAGAAGGUUCUAGAUCGUGGAGAAAAGAUAGAGCUUCUUGUCGACAAGACUGAAAAUCUUCAUCAGCAGGCACAAGACUUCAGGAAUACUGGCACAAAAAUCCGGAGAAAGAUGUGGCUGCAAAACAUGAAGGUGAAGUUGAUAGUGUUGGGUAUCAUCAUAGCCUUGAUCCUCAUCAUAGUACUCUCUGUUUGUCAUGGCUUCAACUGCGGAAAGUGAUGGUUUUCUAUUCUAUAUAUCUGUAGAAGGCACACUAUAUUCUGUCUUAGUGUUUGUCUGUGGAAACACGAUGUUAAAAAGAAAGAUACUUGCACUGUGUAUGUAUUAAGGGUGCGAAAUUUCUUUAUUUUGGUGCAAUAGAAACCAUUCUCUUUUUUGCAUCUC